GUUUAUCCAUAAAGAUCAUUUGCAACUCAAAGGGGAAAAGGGGAGAGAGAGAGUGUGUGUAAAAGAUGCCCGCAGGUCACGGUGUUCGUUCUCGAACAAGGGAUUCAUUCUCCAGGCCCUUUAGGAAGAAGGGUUACAUUCCCCUGUCCACUUACCUCAGGACCUACAAGAUCGGUGACUAUGUUGACGUCAAGGUAAACGGCGCCGUUCACAAGGGUAUGCCCCACAAGUUCUACCAUGGCCGCACCGGUCGUGUCUGGAACGUCACCAAACGAGCUAUCGGUGUUGAAGUCAACAAACAGGUCGGUAACAGGAUAAUCAGGAAGAGGAUCCAUGUACGAGUGGAGCACGUACAGCCAUCACGAUGCGCCGAGGAAUUCAAGCUGAGGAAAGUGAAGAAUGAUAAACUAAAAGCAGAGGCUAAGGCAAAGGGUGAAGUCAUCAGCACAAAGAGACAACCAGAGGGACCUAAACCCGGUUUCAUGGUGGAGGGUGCUACAUUGGAAACAGUCACCCCCAUUCCAUAUGACGUUGUUAAUGAUCUCAAGGGUGGUUAUUAGAUCUACACUUCUUUUCUUUUUGUGGUUUUUGCUGUUUUAAUUUUCUAGA